UUGUCGUGUUAUGUUCUAUGUGUGCGAACGCUAGUGUGCUCUUACGAGAAGGCCAAACGAUUAGUUAGCUGUCUGCUGAUACAUCGUGUUAGUAUGAGUUCAAUAAUCAGAGUGAGAAGUAGUUGUAUUAGUUGUUAAGCGAGAAGAAGGCGAAAAGAUAGAACACCAACCGUAAGACGGUUAUGGGAAAAAUUCUCUAAGAAAAAUACAAAAAAUACAGAUGAAAAGUGAUCAAGUCAUAUAAACAAAACAAUUUAAAGUGAAAAUAAAAACAUUAUUUAUUAACAAACGGACCGAGCCGGUCGGUGUACUCUCUGACGUGUGAAAAAUACUAUAUAAAAAUAUUCGCUUUUAUUUUAUUUUUAUUUAAUUUUCAAUUUAUUCUAAAAUAUAAAAACAUUUUAAAAUAAUUGAUCAGAACUAUUUUUGGAUUAAACAACAAACAGCCACAACAAAAACACAUAAUAAUAAAAGAAUAAAUAUAAACAGCCAUAAUGAAUUCACCACAAAACAAGAUUGAAUGAACAAUUUAAUAAUAGUACGAAAAAAAUUCAAUAAAUUUAACAUAACAUAACAAAAUAAUAAUAACAAAUAUACAAAUUCUAAUGUGUUAUUAAAGAAUUUUACGUGCGUUAUAAAUAACAAACUUAAAAGCUAAAAUAAAAUUAUUGAAAAAAAAUAUAGAUUCUUUCGCGAGUGUGAUACUGAGAACAAAGUGCCAAAAUUUCAAAAGUCGAUAAAAACCAUCUUGUUGCUACUUUUGAAUGAUCUCCAUUGAUGAAAUCCCCACUCAAUCAUUGUGUUCCUGCUUGAAUUGAUGAUUUCAAUAGUUAAAAAAAGAAAAAACAAAAAUUUUAUAUGAAAAAAGCAAAAAAAAAGUGAAUUUUAAUUGAUAUUGAAUCGAAACGAAUUGUAUUGAAACGAAUUGGCAUUUUAAUAAUGAGUGUAGUAGUGGUAGUAGAUUUUUCUGUGCGUGUAUGAGUUUUAAUUGGAUAUCUUGAUUAUAGCAUGUCAAAUGAUGAAUACAAAACAUCUUUGCUGAAUUAUAAUCGCUAUUAUUUUGGUCAACCCACAACAAACAACAACAACAACUAUUGCAGCAACAACAGCAGCAGCAUAUAUCAAACAGUAUUUCCAGCUAAACGAAGUGAUAAAAACUCUCAAACAACUCCCUCAUCCCAAAAACCUACAUAUCAAACGGAUGAUGUUAAUGACAAUAACAACAACAACAACAAUAGUAACAACACAGAUAAACGUGUUAUAGAUUCCCAAUUUGUGCCUAUGAAUCUAAUAACAAAUACGGGUUUGGAUUUAAGUCAUUCCAUAAGAAAACCAACAUUUACAAACUAUUACAACAACGAAUCAUUAACUUACCACAACAACUCAUAUGUCUCAUCGCCCUCUUCGUCCACCUCAGCUUCAAUAGACGUAGAAAACGACGACGACGACGACCACAACGACGAUAGUGGUGAUCGGAUUAUGUCCCCCGUAAGCAUUCCAUCCCACCACCAGCAAAAACCACUUCUAAACGAUACUCGCAAUCCCAGCCAAAGUGCCUUUACCAAUAUGGAAUUGACAGCGGGCUCAAUACCCUCCGGAUUUCCGCUCAACUACCAGCAACUAUAUGCCAAUAAUGCGGCUCUCUAUGGAGCUCCCGUUAUGUUCUCUGGUGCCAUACAUGCUGCUCAUGCCUCCUAUAUGGCGGGACUACCGCUACAUGCGGCUCUCUCGCCCAAUGAAAACUAUCUUAAGGCCAUACAAGCCUGUGGCAUCUACAGUCACACAGCUUUAGCGCCACCACCACCACCUCCACCCGCAUCUUCAUCAGCUUCUGUCAAUCCUUCGUUAAUUUCCAUGAAAUCCUCAUCACUGCACAAUACCACAGGUUCAUCAAUGAUGGCGCUGGCGCCCUCCUCACAGCCUAUGGGUAUUUCCAAAUCACCUCAACAACAUCAUCAUCAACAUCAGCAACAACAGCAACAGCACUAUUCGCCGAAUAUAGCAAGUAGUGGAAGCAUAGCGGAAGUUGAACAACAGAAAAAGGAUUAUCAUGUAUCGCCAUUAAAUUCACAAACAGCAUUGAGAUUAAGUGCAAGUGGCAGCGGUAAUGGCAAUAGUAGCGGCACCUACCUGAAUGAUAAAGUGAAUGAACGUUUGACAAGUGUCGAUGCCACAAAAGAUUCGCAUUUCAAAGUGCCAAACGGCAAAGAAGGUUCGCUUAAACAUCGCAUUUUACGACCACCCAGCAAUAGUGAAUGUGCAACGGAGCCAAAUAAAACUCCUGUAAUGAGAACCUAUAGUACCAAUUCAAAUUUUAAGAAAGGAAACUACAUUGAACUCUCUAAUGGAGCUUUACGCAGAGUUGAAGAUAUGCGCACCGAGGAUUUCAUACAAUGUGCAGAACGUAGUCCACAUCAUCAACUGGCCGAGUCCACUGUAGUUAAGAUCAAUACUAGUCUGCCCACAACGGCUGUGAUAACAUUUAGUUAUGAUAGAAACCGAUCAAAGGUUGAUAUGGAAGUAUCAUUCGAUCAUCCAUUCUUUGUAUAUGGUCAAGGUUGGGCCUCGUGCAAUCCCGAAAUGUCUAUGAAAAUGUUUGGUCUAAAAUGUCAACGUUUACAGGUCGGCGACAUUUGUAUAUCGUUAACAAAGCGAGAACAGCCCAGGCAAUCAACACCACCGGUAGCUGUACCGCACACAACACAGAAUAGUUCAUUGUCCCAAUUAAAUGAGGCUCUAAACUAUCAGAGAAGACACGCUUUGGCGGUGUCUAGCCCCAAUGCAGCUAAUCUUAAAUCACCCUCAUUGCCAACUAUGAGUGCAACAACGGAAAUGCCUUAUGCUGCCACAAUGAAUGCUCAUGCUUUCUCAAUACCUGUACCACAGCCAAAUCAUCAUCUGCAACAACAGCAGCAGCAGCAACAUCAUCACCAUCAAGUACAACAACAGGCUUAUGCCGAAAUGGCCAAGUUAAUGUCUUCCUAUGCCUAUGCUAAGGGUCUGCCACAACUGCCUCACGAACAGCUAAAAGAAGUUGUUAUGGAUGCUGCCUUGUUGCAAAAUUUACCACCAAAAAUGAUGUCGGCUUUUUAUCAAAAUCAAAUUUUCCAAUUAGCCCAACAGCAGCAACAGCAUCAGCAGCAGCAGGAACACUUGAGACAAACAGAACUGAAACAUAAUCAACAAAGAGUAACAAAUGCUCAUUAUAAUAUGCCUACCAGCCUGAACAGUAGUCAUAGUCCCCAACCCACCGAUUUGGAGAACAACCAUCAUAGUCAGCAACAACCACCCCAAACUCAACCUUUGGACGUUACCAUGUCACGUAAAAGACGCUGGUCUGCUCCCGAAAAUAUGUUCGAUGACGAUGAGUCAGAUACUCAGCCACCUCGCAAUGGAUCAUCACCCGCCACUGCCAGAUCGUAAAACGAAUUUCAAGAGUUAAUACAACGAUCCUCGGUUAAAACAAGUCGAUGAGUUAGUUAAAUCAAGCAAACAAACCAACCCAACCAACCAAGCAACCAAGCAACCCCAUUUAAAAAAUGAUCUCAAAUAUUUGUAAACAAAUGCUAUGACAAUGGAUGGAUUAUUGUCCUGUACUUUUUUUGAUCGAUUUUUAUUUUAUAACUAUUAAUUUUAAUUAUGUCUAACUAAACAUGUAAAUACGGAUGACUGCAAAUUGUCGCAAAAGAUAAGUUUGAAACUUUACUCAGCACAAACACACAAAACAAUUAAUUAAUUAAUAUAUGUAUGACUUUGUAAACUUUAACCAACCAAAUAUCGAAACUAAAAAAACUCUGGGUAAAGAAUCUACUAAAUAAAUAAUUAAAAAAAAUUUGAAAGUAACGAAAAUUCAAGUACUAUUUGAAACUAGACUGCAAAUGUAUAGAACAUAUAACAAAAACAACAACCAACAGCCAUAUAAACAAUAAUUAUUUUAUACUUAAGUUUAGUUUAAAAAAAAAUAUAACAACAACCAACAACCAUAAAACUGAAUAUUAUUUUAGUCAUUUGAACCAAUUGCUAAUUCAAAAUAAACAAAAUAUUACAAACAAUAAUUAUGAAAAAAAAAACACACAAACAAACAAAUCUACUCUUAAACUCAAGAAACAAUAAAAUAAUACAGCUUAAAGUCAUAUAUAAUUAGAUCCAUACUCCUCUAUCUAUAUAAAGUACGAAAUACAUACAUAUUAAAAAAAUAAUAAAAAUAAAAAAGAAUUAAAUAUAUAUCAAUCAUAUAUAUACAAUAAAUCUAAAUAAAUACAUACAGACAUAUAAAAUCAGGGUACAUACAAUAAAAACAAAACCAAUUAUACAAAUAAAUAUACAUACAUACAUACAUACGUAUGUAUGUAUAUAAUAGUUAUUUAUAUAUGUAUACAUUUUGUAAAUAUGUAAAUUUAUGUUAUUGUAUAUUUUAUUAAUUGUUCGUAAAUAAAUCUUUAGAUGUUAAACAAUUUUUUAUAAUGUCAAAAAAAAAUAAA